AUGCCGGAAACCGUGUUUUUGGACAACCCCGGACAAGCGUCAGGGAAACUAGCGGAGGUGUCGCAAGCAGAGGCGAUUGACGAUACACCGAAGAAACGGCGCCUCACCAUUAGGGAUCGUUAUUCGUGCAUCGAGUUUUUAAUUGAUACGGGUGCAGACGUCUCAGUUUUUCCCAUGAGUUUCAAAGGUAAAGGCGCGAAAGACGACGUUUUCAAGUUGUAUGCCGUAAAUGGCGCAACAAUUAAUACAUACGGCGAAAGAUUGUUAUCUUUAAAUUUAGGUUUGCGUCGUAAUUUUUCUUGGAGGUUCAUCGUGGCCGAUGUGUCAAAACCUAUAAUAGGAGCAGAUUUUCUUCAUUUUUAUAAUUUAUUGGUAGAUCUUCGAAACAGAAGACUGUUGGAUGGAAAUACCAAACUUUUUCAAGUAGCUACUGUAGUUACAACAGAAAUUCCCUCUAUUUCGACAACAGAUGCAAACAGCACGGUCACACCUCUGCUUAGAGAAUUUAUUGAGAUCACACAGGCAACCUCCAGGAAAAAUGUGAAACAUGAUGUUUUUCACCAUAUAAUCACAAAAGGUGCUCCUAUCGCCGAACGGGCGAGACGUUUACCCCCAGAAAAAUUAAAAAUUGCAUGA